ACCCCACAUCAAGACACUCUUCCGAUACGUCGACAGUCCCGAUCUCCCGGCAAAGCGAUUGGAUAACUGAAUUAGAGUAUAAUAACUUUUCAUUGGUUGUAAGAAUGGUUGAAUCCGACGUGAAACAGGAAUAUCUUGAUGUCGGAGUCGGCAGUGGAGACUAAAAAACCCCGGAAAAAGUUCUCCCGGAAGCAGCUGCGGGCAUCUCAGGGGAUGCUCACAAUGCAGGCACAGACGAACAUCUACGCGAGUCAAAAGGGGAUGACAGGUUUCGGUGCGGUGCGGCACGGCCGUGACAUCCGGGCUGAUAACGUAUGCCAGGCGGGCAACGGCGAGCUCACCAUGGUCGCCAAAACGAACAUCUACGCGAGCCAAAAAGGAAUGACGAGCUUCGGAGCUGUCCGGCACGGGUCAGACAUACGCGCCGAUGAUGCAAGUCUGGAGGGUUUGUCCACCCUCUCACUGCAGACGGGGACGAACCAGUUUGCGUCCCAGAAAGGCAUGACUGGCUUCGGUUCCGUCCGCCACGGACCGGAUAUCCGGGUUAAAGAGCUAUACGAGGAGGGCGCCGACGACGAAUAUCCGACCGACGAGGACGAGCCGUCCCCGAUGAAACCUGCUUGGAAAGUUCGGGACGAAGCACGCGACCAUGGCCUGGCAGACACGCCCGUUCAUUCGCAACCAGAACCUGUUGAAGAAAGGAAGCGUACGCCUGAACCGGAACCGGAACCAGAACCGGAGCAAGAACUAGAACCGGUUCACGAGGCAGAUGAACUUGAAACGGAAGUACCUGAUGAGCUGGAAGAGCCGGUUGUUGAUGAAAGCGAAGGGCAUGAGAAGGAGGCUAGCCCCUUGCCUGGGUCAGAUGACAUUUUUCCUGAGGAGGAGUGAUUUAACACUUAAAACCUUUGUCAUUAAUGAUCAAGACAGUUUAAUUGUAAUUUUGAAGGAUCACAUUAUCAGUUAAGAUGUGGAUUCUUGAAUAUGUAACUAGGAAAUAAAUAUUAUUGCUGUACUCUUCAAAACAAUAUUUUCCAUGUCCAGAAUGUACUUGUGAUUUAUGCCAUUUUUCUUAGGAUAAAUAAUUUAUAAACAAUUUUGUGUUGUAUUCCAUCACAUAGAGUCCUUAAAGAUUCCCUAAGAUGCCUUAAACUCAUAAGAUGAAAAUAUAACGGAAUACAGUAACAACCUUUCGAACCAGUUUGGUAUGACGGUUACCAACAACUCGUAGUGGAUAGCUUGAUCGGGUUGUCCGAACAACCGUGACCAUAGGUGUAUGAAAAGUACAAGUUUCGACUUGAAACAUUGAUACAAAAGAUAAAUCAUACGAAAACCACGUGGUUUCUGAAAACAACUAAAAAUAGGCCUUGAUUUACUGGGAGAAAUACGAUCUGUUUGCAUGUAGCAAAACUAAUACACGUGCUUUUGUUUCUCGUCUGCGAAUGCUUAAAGUUUCAUGCAAAUUAGUUUAAGAUUGUAGGAUCACUAUUUAAAACAUUGCAGAUGGACACCUGAGCAUUACAAUGCAUACAGGUGCUACUGGACACUAGCAUCUAUAUUGUUUCCAGCAUUGUUUAAUAGUCCAGUAUCAGGACACAUCCAGAAUGAUGGUUGAAUGACGGAGAAUUGUGUCAUGAAAUGCUGAAAUGUUUGCGCAAUUUGAGCUUAUCCAAGUAUUGGCCCACUUUUUAAAUUUCAGAAAAAUUGGUGUAUUUGCUGGACAAGUCAUGGUCACACGGUAUCCUUAGGUUAACUUCUGUAUUUUACUUAAACAUAUAGAAUAACGUCUGCACACCAGAAUCAAUAACUGAUUCAGACACACUUCUAUCAUACAGACGAUGACGUCAUUAAAAAGAAAUAGAUAAUUGUGUGUACUAUAUCCUAAAUGUCAAUUGGCGACUUCAGCGGGUUAUCACCCCAAAAUCAUACUAUAGGUGGCGCUGCUGUCGAGUAGCUCCUUGAUCCGGAUAACCUCGGAUAUGAUCGUCUUUGAACAUAAUACAGUUUGAUAUGGUAAUAUUUAGCCGGAAACAAAUGGGUGCUCCAUAAUAAAGAGCAAUACUUAUAAUUCUGAUACAUACGCGAAGUCCAUCUAAAAUCAGACAUACGCAGAGAAUAUUCAUCUUGAACUU